AAACAAGCAACAUUUUCCUGGCUGCUGGUGCGGUUUCUGCGUUGUGUGAAAUGUACAUUUAUUUAUUAUUCGUUGGUAGAUGACAGACAUUUUCGCCCUAAUGUCGUUAAAUGUAAAACAGUAAUAUUUUUUUCGAAAAGGACGUUUUUACGUUUGUAAUACAACAGUCGCCUAUCACAUACAAUCUGCUGCCAUGCAUGAUAUGUUUACAACGUGAAACGCUUAUUUGUUCGUUAAAGUGUUAAAGGUUAUCGGAUUUGUAUUUGGUAAACUUCACUAUGACCACUUUGACCAGACAGGACCUUAACUUUGGCCAAGUUGUUGCCGAUAUUCUGUGUGAGUUUUUGGAGGUGGCCAUUCACCUGAUUCUCUAUGUCAGAGAGGUUUAUCCAUCUGGCAUCUUUCAGAAGAGAAAGAAGUACAACGUACCUGUACAGAUGUCAUGCCACCCUGAGCUGAACCAGUAUAUUCAAGACACUCUCCAUUGUGUCAAGCCACUCAUAGAGAAGAAUGAAGCUGAGAAAGUGGUUGUAGUUAUAAUGGAUAAAGAGCACCACCCAGUGGAAAGAUUUGUGUUUGAGAUAUCACAGCCUCCACUGCUAUCCAUCAGCUCAGAGACUUUGCUGUCCCAUGUGGAACAGCUUCUGAGAGCUGUGAUCCUAAAGAUUAGUGUGUGUGACGCUGUUCUGGACAACAAUCCUCCUGGAUGCACAUUCACAGUGCUGGUACACACCAGGGAAGCUGCUACAAGAAAUAUGGAGAAAGUUCAGGUCAUCAAGGAUUUUCCAUGGAUUGUAGCAGAUGAGCAGGAGGUUCACAUGGAAGAACCAAAACUCAUUCCUCUAAAAACUAUGACCUCUGAUAUUCUCAAGAUGCAGCUGUAUGUGGAAGAGAAAGCAAGAAAAAACUGACGUAUCUGAAUAGCAACAGGAAGUGGUGGUUAACAUCAAGAAAUGUUAUUUUGAAACAGGUUGUGAGCAAAGAUGCCUGCAUGUAUUAAGUGAGUAAAACUAAUGUUCGCCAGUGAGAUUUGUGUCUAUUUCAUGCAUUUCAUUUUCUUCAAAAUUUUGCAUUGUGAUGUUCUGUACUGUGAGAUGUUUAGGUUUUUUUGUAAAUCUCUCUCUCUUCUCAUUUAUAUAUUUGUUGUAACUUUAACUGUAUGUUUACAUAGGUUGUGGCAAAAGUUGUAUGUUUCUCUUGUUGUUGUGUGAUUUUAAUGUAAUCUAAAGCAAGUGUAAGCUUUUUUGUAGAUCUCUUUUUGUAUGUUUUGCCUGGUAUGUACCUAAAGAAAUGCUGUAUGCAACACACCCACAGCUUUUAUUUAUCUAGACUGGAGUAUUAAAAGGAUUCAUUUGGA